AUGGCCGCCACUUCUCCCGCGGCCGUCUUGCUCGGCAGACAGUUGAAACAAAUGCAAUCCGACAAAGAUAUCCCUGGCAUCAGCUGCGGCUUGGUGGACGACAACAUCUUCGAAUGGAGUGUAAUGCUUAUUCCUAACGACGACUGCAAAUACUAUGGCGGUGGCUUCUUUCGCGCACGUCUAUCAUUCCCACAGGACUACCCGCUGAUGCCACCCAAAAUGAAGUUCGAGACGCCGAUUUUCCAUCCUAACAUCUAUCCUUCAGGCGAAGUCUGCAUCUCGAUCCUCCAUCCUCCCGAAGAAGACCAAUACGGGUAUGAGUCUGCCGCUGAGAGAUGGUCGCCCGUACAGUCUCCCGAAUCGAUAUUGAUUUCGGUGAUCAGCAUGCUGAGUAGCCCGAACGACGAGAGCCCGGCCAAUGUCGAUGCAGCGAAACUAUGGAGACAGGAUCCCAAGGCAUUCAGACGGAAGUGUCAGAGGAUUGUGCGAGAAAGCGUCGGAGAAGAAUGA